CCCCAUGCUGCGCCGAGUAAAGCUAAAGGUGGACGUAACGUAACAGAAACAGUUGUAAGAAAUCCAACGGUAGCUACCGGCGCGGAGGCAGUACCAGCAGCGAGGCAGCACAGCCACGCUAUCUGUACAGACAGAUUUGAGACGCAAUUGAGGAAUACUCUGCGCGGUUUAGCGACAGAAGAUGUUGACCGCCAAGACGUCGGGCCGAUAAUGAAGGAGUACGACGGCAUUGUGGAGGACGGCGAGCUGCGGUACUUGGAAGUCCUGGGCUUAAUCGCAAAAGCGCCAGAGUCGGAGAAAAAAACCCAAAAGCUUGUUUCGGACAGUGCGUCUACUCAGAAAAGUACUAAGCACAGGCACCGUCGUGCGGAACAACAUCAGGCGUAUCAAUCCGACGAACACCCCGACAACACCCCGAGAACGGUUCUCGGACUGCCCUCCCAGAGAAUUCAAAACGCCACCACUGCUCGCACGGAAUUCUGGGCUGCCUUUGCGCGGACGCGGGCAAACACACCCGUCGAACGGGCAGCGCUCUCGGUCUUCGAGCCGGUCAGUUUGCUGCAGUUUGGGGCCUUCAAUUUGCCGCGGCUGCAGGAUUAUGCAUUGCAAAAGUAGUCUGCACUAGUAUAAAGAGCAUCACAAGUAGUUGCGGCAAGAACACAAGUUGAAUUUGUCAUGCUGUUUCAGGUUCGGAAAGAAAUUUGUCAUGCAUGAUUGCAAUUAUAUACGAGUGCGAUACUUUUGCAUUGUAUAAGAAGAUUUUCAGCGUUCUGGACCGCACACCGACGCGGCUGUUCGUAGAGGUUUAUCAACUGCAAAAAUGUCUGGGUCUGGAAGAUUCUAAACUCGUAAUGCUGUCUCUGGAUCCUAAAAAAAUUUUCAUUGCAUGACCAGCAAGAGGACUCAAGUUUGUGCUACAGGGAGAGGGCAUUUCUCAUGCGGUAGAGGCAUCGAGAAGCCCUCUAAAAAUCUGUGAUGCUAGGGCAUGCAUCACAGACAUCAUGGGUCAUUUAAAAUAUGCAUGACAAACCUGGCAAUCUUCCAGACCCAGACACUUUUGCAUUUGAUAAGGUUCUGCGGCACGUCAUGUUUCGCCUCGACCCAGGUUCUUUAAUUGAUAGUUUCCGCAACAUUCUGCGUGCGGUAGACACGAGGCCUGUCAACGAUUUCUUCGCGGCCACGACCGACGGCGCGUCGUCUUUUUUACCUCGCUUGGUGACGGAGCAAAGGGCGGAGUUCGUCGAAGCUUUGAAAGAAGCGCACCCAUUGGAAAUCUUGCUUCAGCGAGUG